UGAUAUUUAAUUUACUCGAAAGUUAUUUAGAGCAUAUUUAAAUGUUUGCAAAAUUAAAGUGGUAAAGUUUAGGACAAGUUUUGGCAUAUUUUAUAUCUUUUCUCAAAAUAAAAUGGAGAAUCAUCAUCAUAAUCAUCCAUUCAGCUGCUGCUUGUAGUAAAUAUGGGUGAAUGUACUCCUCCUCCUCCUCGGAUCGGUAAGAUCGGGCCAUACACGGUUUUCAUGACCCCUCCUCCCAACUCCGGUUCAGCUCAGCCGCCGCAACCGGUGGUCGACAAGUCGUCUUGUCCGGUUUGGUCUCCCCCAAUGCAGUAUGAUAAACCCUCUAACUCCACUUUUGGGUUUUUCUCCAACGCCCUUGCUAAACUACAAAAUGCUCAUGAGAGUUUGGAUGAACAAGUGGCUUACUGGUUUGGGUUGAAUCAGUCAAAGUAUCAGUGGGCAUUAGCUGAUUACUAUGACACCAAAACUAUUAACCAGGCCGAAGAAAAAGCAAAAGCUGUAGCCAGCAAAGUAGAGAAUGUAUGAUGAAGGAGAAGGUAAAAUCUUGUCGGGAUGUGCUAUUUAUCUCCUCUUGUUGCUUCCAGUGCUAUUCCUGAAAGGCGUUAUGUGGUAUAGACAAGACGUACUGAUGCACUGGAGGUUCUUUUUUUUUUUUUUCAAAUGUAUCGGAAUGUGAUUUGUCAUACAUUUUUAGCUGCUAUGGUGAUUGGUGCAGCAGCUAACAAUAGUUUUCUGAGGUUAUUGAUGUGAUGCUAAAGCAAUGUACUUUUGUUACUGGGCAACUGGUAGAAAGUUUCUCUUUCAAAGAAGGGAUUUCUAGUUUUGACUUGUCA